AGGCGCAUUGGUGAGGGCGACCGGUAGGGGGCGGACGCGGGCCGGCGCUGCCGCCGCCGCCAUGAGCAAGGGCCCGGGGCCGGAGCCGGGGCCGGAGCCGGGGCCAGGCUCAGGGCUGGACCCGGGGCUGGACCCGAAGCCCCCCCGCCACAGCGACCCCACCGACCCGGGGCCUGGCGCCCCCGGCGGGCUCUUCGCGUGGCUGCGCGGGCGCUGCCUGGGCCGCGGGGCCGCCGUGGACCCGGCGCGGGACACGUUCGGCGCCAUGACCGGGCUGUACGGCGCCAUCCAGCCCGCGGACUCCGUGUCCCUCAGCACCCGCACCCACGGCGCCGUCUUUAACCUUGAGUACUCGCCCGACGGGUCAGUGCUGACUGUCGCCUGUGAACAGACUGAAGUCCUGCUCUUUGACCCAAUAUCUUCAAAGCACAUCAAGACUCUGUCUGAAGCUCACGAAGACUGUGUAAAUAACAUCAGGUUCCUGGAUAACCGGCUGUUCGCGACGUGCUCCGACGACACGACCAUUGCGCUCUGGGACCUGAGGAAGCUCAACACCAAAGUGUGCACACUGCAUGGCCACACCAGCUGGGUCAAGAACAUCGAGUACGACACCAACACAAGGUUACUGGUGACCUCAGGCUUUGAUGGAAACGUGAUCAUCUGGGACACCAACAGGUGCACUGAGGAAGGAUGUCCCCACAAGAAGUUUUUUCACACCCGUUUUCUGAUGCGAAUGAGGCUGACGCCAGACUGUUCAAAAAUGCUCAUCUCCACCUCCUCUGGUUACCUUCUGAUUUUGCAUGAUCUUGACCUAAACAAGUCUUUGGAGGUUGGCAGCUACCCGAUUUUAAGAGCCAGGAGGACCACAUCGAGCUCAGACAUAACAUCGUCGGGCUCCUCUGGCCCUCGAGCUGUGGGUUCACCCUGUCACCAGAACAACUCGGGGCCGCUCUCUGAGAAAACCUUGUCACGGCCCUCCCAGCGAGAAGGGGGAUCACCUAGAAAUAGCCUUGAGGUGUUAACACCAGAGGUUCCAGGAGAAAGAGAUCGUGGGAAUUGCAUCACAUCGCUGCAACUGCACCCCAAGGGAUGGGCCACACUGCUGCGGUGCUCCAGCAACACAGAUGACCAGGAGUGGACUUGUGUCUAUGAAUUCCAGGAAGGAGCCCCGGUUCGCCCCGUGUCCCCACGCUGCUCCCUGCGUCUGACGCACUGCAUCGAGGAGGCGAACGUGGGCCGGGGCUACAUCAAGGAGCUCUGCUUCAGCCCCGACGGCCGCAUGAUCUCGUCCCCGCACGGCUUCGGCAUCCGCCUGCUGGGCUUCGAUGCGCACUGCAGCGAGCUGGUGGACUGCCUGCCGCGGGAGGCCAGCCCCCUGCGCGAGAUCCGCUCGCUCUACUCCCACAACGACGUGGUGCUCACCACCAAGUUCUCCCCCACGCACUGUCAGAUCGCCUCGGGGUGCCUUAGCGGACGAGUCUCCCUCUACCAGCCAAAGUUCUAGGCACGGCAGCGGCACCUGUGGAUGGACGUUCGUGGGUUCCACUUCAGCUGAGUGGAAGUGUGCUCUCUCCAAAAUCUCUGAAUCCAGAGGAAGUCACGGUUACCGUGAUCUCGGGACAUGACGGUGGAAGGAUUUUUCAGGCCACCGCCAUGCAGAUCUUGGUCCUGCAUCCGUGAGCCCGCAGCCCCGCACUGUGUCCCGGCCCUGCCAGCAGACCUCUGCUCCUGCUGAUCCUGUGCCAUGGGGCUGCUGUCCUGCUGUGUUUGUACCCUGAUACUUGAUUGUUUCCUUCAGCACAACUCCAGUGGGCUGUUUGGAACAACACAGAGGGGCAGGGUGCCCAGGGAGCUCCUGUCCCAGAGGAGCUGGACUGCCUCACCUCUGCUUUCUCUUCUGUCACUGAGGCAACUCUGUGGUGAUUAGUAGAUAAUGGGCUGCUUGUCUACGUAAGCAACACGGUUAGUUAUUCUCACCAAAAAAAAAAAAAAGAAAAAAAAAAAAAAAGAACAAUGAA